AUGAACGAAAAUCUAUUUGCCACAUUCAUCACCCCUACUAUCAUAGGUAUUACAACACUACCAAUCAUUAUACUAUUCCCAUGCCUAAUUCUUACCACUCCAAAACGCUGACUGCCCAAUCGCAUCCAAACCCUACAAAUCUGACUAAUCCGAUUAAUUACAAAGCAAAUGAUAACAAUACACAACAAACAAGGCCGAACAUGAACACUCAUACUCAUAUCCCUAAUCCUAUUUAUUGCAUCAACUAAUCUACUUGGGCUAUUACCAUAUUCAUUCACCCCAACUACACAACUAUCCAUAAACAUUGGUAUAGCUAUUCCACUAUGAUUAGGAACUGUAAUUAUAGGAUUCCGAAAUAAACCAAAAACUUCUCUCGCACACUUCCUACCACAAGGCACACCAACCCCACUAAUCCCUAUACUUAUUAUUAUUGAAACUAUCAGCCUAUUCAUUCAACCCUUAGCCCUGGCAGUACGACUAACAGCCAAUAUCACUGCAGGUCACUUACUUAUUCACCUAAUUGGCUCAGCCACACUAGCCCUUUCAUCUAUCAACAUAACAGUAUCAACCAUUACAUUCACCAUCUUAUUCCUACUAACAAUCCUAGAACUAGCUGUAGCCAUAAUUCAAGCUUACGUUUUUACACUUUUAGUAAGCUUGUAUCUACAUGAUAACUCCUAA